AUGGGUGGAGCGUCCUCUCAGGAGAGUUUGAGCAAGGAGGAGUGCUUGCAGCUUCGUCGCAAGCAUUUCUGUCCUGCCCAGAGCGUGUCAUAUGCGAAUACAAAUCCUUUGAUGAUCAUGAGCGGCAGGGGCAGCCGCUUGUUCGACGAAAGCGGUGCCUCGUAUCUGGACACCCGAAACAACGUGUGCCACGUGGGGCAUGCACAUCCAAAGGUGGCUGCGGCCGUCGCACGGCAGGCGGCCGAGUUGAAUACCAACACCAGGUAUUUGCAUCCCAAGCUGUGCCUUUUGGCGAAACGCCUCACUGAGACCUUUCCCAAAGGCUCCGGACUGGAGGUGUGCUUCUUCGUGAACAGUGGGUCCGAGGCCAACGAUCUGGCCGUGCGGCUUGCCUUCGCACGCACCAAGAGCCGGAAGAUCGUGGUGGUGGACCAUGGCUACCACGGCCACACGCAACAGACUAUCGAGAUAAGUCCCUACAAGUUCGACCACAAGGGCGGUGAGGGUCCUAAGCCCAACAUCCACAAGGUGCCUUGCCCCUGCACCUUUCGCGGCCCGUUCCGAGGCCCAGAUGCCUCGGAGAAAUACGCCGCCACGGUGGCCCAGGCGUGUCAGGAGAGCGCCGAAGGGGUGGCAGCCUUCUUUGUGGAGUCCGGCAUGUCGGUGGGCGGGGUGAUCCUGCCACCCAAGGGCUACCUCAGCGCCUGCUACGCCGCGGUGCGAAACGCCGGGGGCGUCUGCGUCGCCGACGAGGUGCAGGUGGGCUUCGGACGCUUCGGAGAGUUCUUCUGGGCCUUUGAGCAGCAGGAGGUAGUCCCUGACAUCGUAACCAUGGGCAAGCCCUUUGGAAACGGCAUGCCGCUGGCCGCCGUGGUGACCACCCGGGAAGUCUCAGAGGCCUUCCACAACGGCUUGGAAUACUUCAACACCUUCGGGGGCAAUCCUGUCUCUUGCGCGGCUGGCCUGGCGGUCCUGGAGAUUCUACAAGAGGAGGACUUGCAAAGAAACGCUCUGGAAGUCGGGCAGUACAUCCGCGAAGAGCUGCAAAAGCUGUCUCGGCAACACCAGCUGAUCGGCGAUGUGAGGGGCCAAGGCUUCUUCAUCGGCGUGGAGUUUGUGAAAGACCGGAGCACCUUGGAGCCAGCCACUUUGGAGACCUCGCAGAUCUGCUCGCGCAUGAAGGAUGAGCACCAGGUUCUGAUGAGCAUCGAUGGGCCCAACGACAACGUCUUGGUGAUGAAGCCUCCCAUGUGCUUCUCCAAAGGGGAUGCAGAGUACAUGCUCUCCGAUGACUAUCGCCGCGACGGGCGUCGCGAGGAGGAUCGCUACGAGGAUGACCGCCGUGGCCAAGGUCGGGACGACGGCCGCCGCAAGGAGGAGUACCGCCGCGAGGAGCGGCAGGAGGACCGCUACGAAGAUGAGCGCCGAAGGGGAGGCGCAGGCAGACGCCGCGAGGAGCGGCCGCGGUCGCGGUCUCGCGAGGCGGCCUAG